CAUUUAGAAGUUUCUUUCGUCUAUUCUUUCUUUUAUUCUCUUGUCAUAGAAAGUAGAAAACUGCAUUUUCGCGUGGAGUUGAAAAUCUGAAUUCCUGGAAAAUUAUCGAAAAAAAGUUAAUCGAAGCAUAGUUAACUUAUUUAUCAAUUUGUCGGCUCUAUAAAAAAACAAACAUCUGUUGUUGAAGGAGCGAAAAUUUAAUGUGAUUUUAUAUAAGCUUGCACUUGCGUGUGUAUAAUGCUUCCAUAUAUGUACAUACCUGCGUAGCAUAUGGACGUUCCUUCAAAUAUAUUAAUAUCGCCAUUGUAAAAGCAAGUACAUAACAAAUAGAAAUAACAUCCAAGAUGGCGCAACGCAACAAUGCACGUAUCGAUCGCUUUGCUCAGAUGUCGAAGCAAGAGGAAAUAAUUGCCAAGAAACGUCAAGAAAUUUUAGAAAAGCAAAGGACAGCUCAGCUGGCCAAAGCUGUGGCAGCGGCGCAGACUUUAGCUGCAAAAAUGAAAGCAGGCACUGAGGACGUAGUAAAAUCUAAAGAGAUAUGUGACGUAAGCAAGGACGUUAAAAUUUGUGCUACCACGCCUUCAGCAGAUGCACCGCUGAUUGAACCUACGCCAAAAGAAAUUGCAAUAUCUUCCACUGAAAAAAGUAACGAUUCCUUAGUAAAAAGCAAGAAAGAUGAGUCCUCAGAGUCUGCAACUGCAAAAACAUUAAACAGCUUUACGGGUAAAACUGGCAAAAUUUCAUUUGGUGUUAAACGCCUACAACCGCAAGUGCCGGUUGCUGACCUACCUCCUCCCAAAGUGGUCAACUCAUUUUGCAAUGAUGGUUCAUUUUUGGAGAAUUUUAAGAAAAUACUGGAAAAACAUGAACCCAAACCACCACAAGUCGUACCAGCACCCGAAUCAAACGCAGACACUUCACCAUCAGACAAAAUGGCUGCAACGCAACCUAUCGACACUAAUGCAACAGAGAAAAAUAAGCAUGCAGGUGCGUCUGUUCAAACUUUGCAAAACCAGAAUCAAGUUCCACAAACGUCAAUGGUGCCUUCACAACAUCAAGCUAUUCCACAACCAGGCAUGCAGCAACAAAUUCAGCAGACGAUUAUUCCGCCGAUGUCUCAAGCACCAUUACAACAUCAUCACCAUCACCUUCAGCCGGUGCCACCCCCGCCACAACAGCAGCAUGGCCGUUCUUUGCAUCAACCACUGCAAACACUUGCACCUAUGCAACCACAGCCACAAGCUUCAUUGCAGCCUCACGGCUCGCAGACAAACCUGCAACCGCCACCAACACAACCACAAUUUUUAUUUAAUCAUCCUCCUCAACCGCCCCCGGUACCUCCUCCACACCCCAUGUCGGCAGCAUUUUUCGCGGCAGCACCACCGCCUCCUCCACCUCCUCAGUUACCCAUGACUUUGACUUUGGGACCACUAUACAUGAUUCCUGCACCAGAACCUUUGCAGUUGAAUACUAUACCAGCACCGAAAGAAUUCGAUUUGAAUGCCAUACCCAAUCCGCGAAUGAAUGUUGAGGCGAUUCAAAUGCCUCACGGAGUACAACAGCCUCAUCAGCAAGCUAUACAAGCACAACAAGUACAUCAAUCACAGCAACCGCAAUCGCAACAAUCUGAACGAAUCUUACAGAUUCAAUCGCAACAACCGCCACAGCAGCUGCAAAAUACUUUGGGUGAGCAUAUAUCUCCACCGCCGCCACCACCACAAAUGCAACAACAAUUGCAACAACAACAGCCACAACAACAGCCACAGCAAAGUCCACUUCCACCUCAGAUACAUCAUGCACAACUGCUACCAUCACACAAUCAACAACUACAACAACAAGAACAGCAGCAGUUGCAGCAGGCAACUCCGCCGCCACCACCGCCACCGCAGCAGCAGCAACCAAUUGAAAACCAAGGCAGUCCUCCACAAAUGUCAGUUUUUUCAGACAACAAUGACCACAGUUGCUCGCGCGUACAAUUACCAACUACUGUUGAACACUUAAUCGAUUUGGUUGCCGAAAAUGGUGAUGGUUAUGAAGAUAAAAUACGUGCCCAUAAAAACGAUUUGCACUCGACAAUGUGGUUUCUCUUUGAAAAAAAUGGCGAGCAAUACCACACUUACCGGCAACAAUUGAAUGAGCAUCGCUAUUGCCAAUUGCACCGGGAGCAGGAAAACGCUCAGCAAGAAUUGCAACAAUCGCCAUCACAGCAGCAAGAGGCUGAAGGAGAACCGUUGGACCGCUCCGACAAUCACGAUUCACUAGAAAUGGAUGAGGAAUCCAGUGAAAGUGGAGGUCCGCAUGAGCAUCAACAGGAAGCGCGUUACCUUUAUCACCAACAGCAACGUCAGCAGAAACAGCAACAGCAACAACAACAGCGGCAUGAGCAAUUAUCACCACAAGAAAUGAAUCAACAUGACUUUGCAGACAAGUAUGAUCCCGAGUCUGCCAUAAGCGGCGAUGUAGACUCGGACGAUGAAUAUAUGCGAGGCAUGCUAGAUCGCAAUCGUGAUAAUUUGAAGCGUCGCAUUGAGUGCCGCAAUGAGUUAAGCGAAGAAGAGCGCCAGGAGCGGGAAGCCGAAGAGGAGCUGGAGGAGCUUCGACGACAGGAGCGUAAGAAGCAGCGGAAAAGCCGCUGGGGUGAGAAGGUGGAGGCCUCCACUAGUGCAGCAGGGGCCACGGCAAGUGCGGUGUCAAAUGUGCCAACUUCAUUUGCGAAUCAAAACAAACCCAUGCUUUCGGCCAUAACGCGUAAUGAUCCAGCCUUGUUGCAAUAUGCACGAAUGAACUAUGGUUCCACAAAUCUAAAUGAGGAGGACUGGAAAAAAUGCGAAGAGCAUUAUAAAGUGAAUUUACUCUAUCAGGAUAUGAUGCGAAAGCGACAGGAAAUCGAUCGACUAGCACGUAGUGGCAAAUUUAAAUACGAGUACGAUUCUGAUGAAGACGUCGACGGUGGUACUUGGGAGCACAAACUGCGUUGCGCUGAGAUGGAAGCAACCCAACUCUGGGCCACAGCUUUGACUAAACAAAGCGAGGGUAAACAUCAUAUUGGUGACUUUUUGCCUCCCGAAGAACUGAAAAAGUUCAUGGAACAGUAUGAAGCCAAAAAGAAUAAUCGUCAACCGGAUUUGAGUGACUACAAGGAGUACAAGCUGAAGGAGGAUAAUAUCGGGUUUCAAAUGUUGCAGAAGUUAGGCUGGAAAGAGGGACAGGGCUUGGGUACCGAUGGCGCCGGUAUUGUGGAUCCAGUAAAUAAAGCGCCACAGCGAGACGGUAAUCAGGGUUUGGGUGUGGCCAGUGCUGCUACGCCAGAGGAGUGCGACAAUGAGUAUGAUGCCUAUCGCAAACGUAUGAUGUUGGCCUAUCGCUUUCGUCCUAAUCCAUUGAAUAAUCCACGGCGCGCCUACUACUAAACUUUGAAAGCGUCUACAGAAAAUGAUGUCACGCCAAACGAAAGAGACUUCGGAAAUUCCAAAAUCUUUAACCGAAGAAAUUCUAUGUCAUUUAAAGCUUUUAAAUAUACUGUAUUAAUGUCAAGUAUCCAUUACAUAAUUCCCCUUUAACAUUAUUUAAUCAAAAAAUAAGUUUACUUCAAAUCCUCAAAGUGUUACACUAUCUAAUAAACCUUUAAAUAAAUGAACUGAUAAAGCGAGGAAUUAAAACAAAUA